AUGUGCUUGUGUCUUAAUACUUGCGUUCUUGCUACCAACGGUUGUACUGUAGCAGUUAUGAUUUGCACACCUACUUCCAAAUCUUGCCCUAAAUUAAGAGUUUUGAUAAUUGUCUUUGGAGAUCAAAUUUUGUACCUGAUCAAAAGCUCGUCGAAUCUUUCAGAAGCAUCAGGUUACCGUGUUCGCGGUUCUGUGCGAAGUUUAACGAACGAGAAAAAAGUAAAGCCGUUAAAAGAGCUUUGUCCUAAUGCCAAGUUUCCGUUGCAACUUAUCGAAGCUGACUUAUUAGUCGAAGAAACUUGGCACGCUGCUGUCCAAGAUUGUAAGUAUGUCAUGCAUGUUGCAUCGCCACUCCCAUUAGGGAAGCCUAGAAAUGAAGAAGAAGAACUCAUUAAACCUGCUGUGAACGGUACAUUAAAUGUGCUUAAAGCUUGUGCUAAAGCUGGAUGUGUGAAACGCGUCGUUAUGACAAGCACUGUCGGGGCAAUUAUAGGAGGUAUGAACGGCGAGAAUGGACGAGUCUAUAAUGAAAAGGAUUGGGCCGAUAUUGAAACUACCGAGCCCUAUUGUAAGAGUAAAACGCUAGCUGAAAAAGCUGCUUGGGAAUUUAUAGAAAACUGCUCCGAUAAUGAGAAAUUUGAGUUUUGCACCAUCAAUCCUUGUGUUACCGUGGGGCCUGUACUACAUAAUACUCCAUUUUUAUCCAUGCAAACCGCACUGAAAUUAUUCGAUGGGUCUAUGCCGGUAUUACCUAACUUCAACUUUCCACUGUGUGAUGUUCGAGAUGUAGCAGCAGCUCAUCUUAAAGCUAUGAUUGUACCUGAAGCUGUUGGCCAGCGUCACAUCAUCUACAAUUCCAAUAUGUGGUAUAAGGAUAUCUCGCUGCUUUAUGUACGGGAAUUUGGUCCUUAUGGUUAUAAAUUUCCUACCAUGGUCGCUCCUAAAUUUGUAUUAUGGCUUGCAAGUCUUUUCGAUCCGACAUUGAAAUUAAUUAUACCAUUUUUGAAUAUUACCACUAUCUUUGAUAACACCCGUAUGAAGGAGGUGUUAAAUGUUCCACCGCGAGAUAUUAGUCAAGCAAUAAUUGAUUUAGGCUACUCAUUAAUUGAGCGAGACGUUGUCAAGAAGACAACCGGUUACACGGGACCGCCGGCUUGUUCAAAACCUGAUGACAACCCUACAUCAUUAUAA